GGUUAUAUAAAGUAGAACAUGGACGGAACGUUCGGACCCCGAAACGACAGCUACCACUUUAAAAAAGCUCACAGUUCUCCGCCGCACGUGGUCUAAACAACAUGGCUGCGCCCUGUACGUGUUAGUGAGGAGUGGAAUCGAAAGUAAACCUACGACGCCGGCUGUUCACUUGACCACCCAGCAGACGGAUGGCAGAUGUUAGUGGCGACACAGUAGCUGAUCCUCCACCCUCAAAGGAGGAGAAGUCUGAUGAUCUCCCCGAGGACUCGAUCAAUUAUGAAGUAAAGUGUGAUGUCAAAGGUGAGGAGGAGAACGAGGCAGCCUCGGAUCCCAGCAUGUACCGCUACAUCAAAGAGGAUCUCUUCACAUCUGAGAUCUACAAAGUGGAGAUCAGGAAUCUACCCAAGUUCAUCGGCUUUAACGACCUGAAGAAAUUCCUGGCUAAACACAGCCUCAACCCGCACAAAAUCAAGCUGUUUGGCAAGCAGACCUUUGCUUUUGUCACAUUCAAGAAUGAAGAGGAGCGCGACAAAGCCAUGAAGAUGGUUCAUGGCAUGCAGUGGAAGGGCCAGGUGCUGAGCGUCAGGCUGGCCAAACCCAAAGCGGACCCCAUUCUGAGGAAGAGGAAGCAGGAGGAAGGAGAGGGUGCGGGAGGGCAGCCCCCAUCCAAGCGACCAGAGGGGGAUGAGGAAGAGGAGUCUCUCAGUGUCCAGAUUGCCAAUGUGGUGACUCCUCUGUGGAACGUGCCUUAUGAAGAGCAGCUGAGGAGGAAGGAGCAGGAGGUGGUGGGGGUUCUGCAGAGACUGGCCAAAGAGAUUGGCAGCACCAACAAAGCCAUGCUGCCAUGGCUGUUUGCACAGAAAGGGAAGUACAACAAAAUGUGUUGUCCUCUGGAAGCUAUCCGACCAUCUCCUACACAGACAGAGUACAGAAACAAGUGUGAGUUCCUUAUUUCGGUGGGUGCAGACGGCGAGGACAAGACCAUCGGUUUUCGGCUGGGAAAAUAUAAAGGCGGCUCCUGUGCUGUGGUCAGGCCAGCUGAGACUUGCCAUGUCUCAGCCGAGGCCAAGAGAGUGGUCGGCGAGUUUCAGAAGUUCAUCAGGACAACACCAUACUCUGUGUACAGCCCUGAAACAUAUGAAGGACACUGGAAGCAGCUGACUAUACGGACCACGAGGACCAAACAAGCCAUGGCUAUAGUGUUCUUCAACCCGCAGAAACUUGAAGAAGAAGAAAUCAGCGCAUUAAAGAGCUCCAUGAGGAAGCACUUUACAGAAGGAGAGGGCAAAGACAGCGGAGUAACCUCUCUUUACUUUGUGAGAGAGGGUCAAAGGACGUCUCCUAACGUAGAGGACUUGCCGUGUGAGCUGGUGGCUGGAGAGCGCUGCAUCCAAGAGGAGCUCCUUGGUCUAAAGUUCAGAAUAUCUCCUCAUUCCUUCUUCCAGGUGAAUACAGGAGCUGCAGAGGUGCUGUACUCUGCUGUGGGGGAAUGGGCCCAGCUGGAUCAGGACAGCACAGUGCUGGAUGUGUGCUGUGGGACAGGGACCAUUGGAAUAUCUCUGGCUAAGAGAGUAAAGAAGGUUAUUGGGAUCGAGCUGUGUCAGGAGGCAGUGGAGGAUGCCAAAGUUAAUGCAAUGCUCAAUGGUCUAAGUAAUGUUGAGUUCCACUGUGGCAAAGCUGAGGAUGUGUUCCCCAACAUUCUCAAUGCAGUCAUGUCCCCCAACAUCACAGCCAUCGUGGAUCCACCAAGGGCAGGCCUGCAUUCCAAGGUCAUACUUGCCAUCAGGCGGGCAGAACAUCUGAAGAGACUGGUUUAUGUGGCGUGCAAUGCCAAGGCAGCCAUGAACAACUUCAUUGAUUUGUGCAGAGCGCCAUCCAACAGAGUUCAUGGGGCCCCGUUCCGUCCGGUGCGAGCCAUGGCCGUGGAUCUGUUCCCUCAGACAAUGCAUGUUGAGAUGCUUCUGCUACUGGAGAGAGUGGACUACAAUUCCCAGCAGCUGCAAACCAGCAGCACCCAGGAAGAGAAGGGGUCUUAGCCAUAAAAACACAUGCUGUACAGUUUGAAUAGGCAGCAUGCGCUCCCCAUACGAGAUAUAUGCACACCAUCAGCACAAACAUUAAUGAUUACAUUCCCUUUGUCAUUUGCUCAAGUAUCUGCAUGGUCUCAACUGUAAAUGGUCACUGGUGUUUCAUCCGGUUAGGUCCUCUUAUUUUGUAAUGCAAUAUUAAUGUGUGUCAAAUGAGCCAUCAGGGUUAAACUACAGUAUGCAUUGCUUUAUGGACUGUGCCCCAUUGCCUGUUCUGCUUGAGAAGCUUUUCCCAGUUGUGUUGACUCAAAAUGGGGGGAUUUAGGCUUGUUUAGAACAUGGCACUACCUAGUUUAAAUUUAAGCUUUUGCUUUCCUGAAACUCUGAUACCUUCUUCAGCUGUUAAACUGCAGCACAAGUGGUAGCUUUAGUUGUCAGUUUAACAAAGUUGUUUCAUUAUUCAAUCACUGAAUAAAAAAGCUCUUCCAGGCCUUA